AUGGAAUACGUAUUAAAUGAUGAUGAAAUUAAAAAGGUGGUCCAAAAGAAUGACGCGUACUACUCUCUUAUCGAAUUAAACGACGUACUAUAUUUAAAUAAUAAGUUAUAUAAAAAAAUAGAAUGCCUUCAAAACUUGAACAAUUUAAAAGCAUUAUAUCUAAAUAACAAUGCAUUAGAAAGGAUUUGUGGAUUAGACAGCUGUGUAAACCUAGUUGCUCUUUAUUUAAACUCCAACAGAAUUUCAAAAAUUGAAAAUUUGAGUUCGUUAAAAAAAUUGCGAAUAUUAAAUUUAGAAGAUAAUUAUAUUAAUGUGAUAGAGAAUUUAGAAAAUUUGUGUUAUCUUGAAGACCUAAACUUGAGUAGCAAUUGCUUAGGCGAUAAGGGAUGUUGUAUGGUAUCACUUUUAGAAAAUAAUAAAUGUCUUACUAUUUUAAAUCUUAGUAAUAAUAAAAUUGAAGAGGACAUUUUGGACAAUCUUUCCAACUUGAAAAAUCUAAACAUUUUAUAUAUAAUGAAUAACCCAGGAUUAUCAAAAUAUAAAAAUUACCGAAAAUUAUUUGUGCACACAUUGAAAAACUUAACAUUUCUGGAUUAUAAGCCAAUUACAAAUGAAGAGAGAAGGUGUGUCCAAGCCUUUUUUGCGUAUGGAACGAAAGGAGAGCAAGAUGAAUUAAAAAAGAUAAAGCUAGAACAGAAAAUGGAACAUGAGCAUUCAGUUGAAUAUUUCAGGAAAUAUUUGAUGAAUAAACAAGAUGGAGAAUAG